AUGGUCCGACAUUUGCAUGCCCCAAAGGUCAACGCCAAGGAAGACCAAAAGAAAAUUCCAAGCACGAUCUCGUCAGAAAGAAGGACAGUACCAACAACUAGUAGCGAAAGAGCUGGAGGCGUGACUGAUCAAUACCAACAGGUUGAUCGUGAUGUAGUAGAGCCGAAUAACGGGGAUGAAUCGGGUGUUGGUGGCGAAGCUGAGCCAAAUGUUGACCAGGAAGCAGAGCCGGAUGUUUUUGACAAAGCAGAGCCGAAUGUUGGGGACGAAGCAGAGUCGGAUGUUUGUGACAAAGCAGAGCCGAAUGUUGGGGAUGAAGCAGAGCCAGAUGUUGUGGACAAAGCAGAGCCAGAUGUCUGUGACAAAGCAGAGCCGAACGUUGGGGACGAAGCAGAGCCGGAUGUUUGUGACGAAGCAGAGCCGAAUGUUGGGGACGAAACAGAGCCGGAUGUUUAUGACAAAGCACAGCCGAAUGUUGGGGAUGAAGCAGAGCUGGAUGUUGGGGACGAAGCAGAGCCGGAUGUCUGUGACAAAGCAGAGCUGAAUGUUGGGGACGCAGCAGAGCCGGAUGUUGGGGACGAAGCAGCGCCGGAUGUCUAUGACGAAGCAGAGCCGAAUGUUAGGGACGAAGCAGAGCCAGAUGUUGAGGACGAAGCAGAGCCGGAUAGCCGGAUGUUUGUGAUGAAGCACAGCCGACCGGAUGUUGGGGACGAAGCAGAGCCGAAUGUUGGGGACAAAACAGAGCCAGAUGUUGGGGACAAAACAGAGCCGAAUGUUGGGGACAAAACAGAGCCGAAUGUUGGGGACAAAACAGAGCCGAGUGUUCGGGAUGAUGGAGAAUCGGGUGUUGGUGGCGAAGUAGAGCCGAAUGUUGAUGACAAAACAGAACCGAAUGUUGGGGAUGAUGGAAAGCCGAAUGUUGUGGACGAAGCAGAGCCUAAUGGAGGUGAUGACAGAGAGCUGAAUGAAGGGAAUGGUGUAGAACUAAAGGGACAUGGCAGAAAAAGAGUGCGAAAUGUAAGUGAAUGGAAGCAGAGUGUAAGGAAAAGAGCCAGAAAUGAAGGUAAAGAAUACAUAUCGCGAAAAGCGAUUGUAGUUCCGGAAAGGAAGAUCAUCUAUCACCGAUGCG